AUGAAAAUGUUGGAAACUACGUGCACAUUGCCGUGGAAAUAUUGUGGAAAGAAGGCGUCCCAUAUUUGGUCACUAAGUUGGAAAAUAUUUGUCGUUUUUCUAAUUUCAUUCUCGUUAAUUCAAGCUGUUGCUGGGGUUGAAAAAUAUGUUUUCAAUAAAUCGAACUGCGACUCGCAGAAAUGCGAACUUAACAACUUUGCAAUUGAUAUGUCGCUUAAUGGGAAUAUUUACGUUGGGGGGAGGAACAGACUUUAUCAGUUAACGCAGCAACUACAGCUCAGAAGGACUGUGGUGACCGGUCCCAAAACUUCAAGUGGUGCGCUGGUCGACAAUGUUAACAAAAUAAUCCUUGUGGAUCCUGACCCCGCCAUGAACCGACUAAUCAUUUGUGGCACCAGCGCGCACGGUGUGUGCGAGUUGCGCCAGAAAGGUAACAUCGCGCGACUUUUGAGCACUUCGGACACAAACAACACGAAGACGUGGCAAUACGUCGCCGGGGGCGAACACCAAACAACCGUGGCCUUCAUAGCCCCAUCUAGUGACUCGUUUCUCUACGUUGGCUCGUCGAAAACUAAAUUCGACGAACCAAAUUUAUUAUCAGAUGACGUUUUCUUCACGAUUGCGAAACGGAUCUUAACCGAGAACAAUCGCGACCCUUCCAUGUUUUCCAUCGCUGUCGACCAAGAUGUGUAUUCCGGGCUCGGGGUGUUGAUGAAUUAUGAGGAUUAUGCAGCCAAGGAUUACAGGGUGAACUUUGUUUAUGGGUUCGCUGGUACGCACACCGGUUACUUUGUCACCACCCACCCCAACACUGCACAACCACCGUAUACAGAAUACAAUGAAGUGACUUAUAUCUCGCAAAUCUGCCUCAAGAACUCAUACAGAAUGGGAUCAUACAUGGAGCUUCCAUUGGAGUGCAGAAAGGAUGGGAUCGUGUAUAAAGAGGCCAUCGCUGCUAGCACCAAUAAAGUAGAUCGUCGAUACGCUGAACAACUUAACCUAAGGAAGCGUGGUUUGUGUGUUUCCGCUGCAGGAGGUGGAACGUAG